AUGGGCAGUAUUGACAAGUCUUCAGCCCAGAGCUACUCGGUUCCAGCAGAGUCCAAGACGCUCCUGAUUGAAGGGCUACUUGAGAACCCGAAGAUUUCCAAAUACCUUCCCCGGGAAGCACAGGAGUUCGCAUCUGGCAUCACAUUCGAAGGAUCUGAUCUGCCUCAAAUUCCGAUCAACUGGCGUUUUGCCGAGUCUGCGGCGAGUCUGAAGGCCUUGGAAGCAUGCACCAUUUACGCCCUGCUCAAGCGCAAGUACAAUGUAGAGCUUUCGGGGGCAGAGAUCAACACAGACCACGCACAGCUGUUCUUCAUGUCGACGCUGCUCUGGCAAAUCAACCCGAACACCGAAAACGCCAUUGUGUACGGGGUCAAAGGCAUGGACAAGCUGGACGCUUUGAUCCCAAAUUAUGACUUUCAUCAGGCGAGCUCAAGCCUCUAUCGAUUGUGUGCGACCAACAUUUACCGCACGAAGGACGGCCGCUUUUUCCAUUUGCACGGCAGCAUGAAUCCAGACCCGACUUUGGAGAGCAUUGGUCUGCCAAAAGACCGACCUGAGCUGACCACUUGGGAGGACGCGUUGCAGCCGUUCAUUGCGAAACUGGCCACUAUCGACUCGGCUGAGAUGCAACAUCGCGCUUCCGAUGUGUACAAACAAGCAGGCGUAAUCGCGAAUACCGUGGAUUCAUUCCGCGCCACAGAGCACGGCAAGGCCAACGCUCACGUCGGGCUGUUCGAAAUUCAUGAUGUGCCUAAUUCGGUGCAGAAGGCGUCUUGGUGGCCUUCCAUUCCACAGACAUCAGCCAAGCGGCCCUUGGCGGGCCUGAAGGUGGUCGACCUAACCCGUGUCAUUGCCGCGCCUGCAGUGACAAGAGGUCUUGCCGAGCUCGGCGCCAGUGUUAUGCGUGCAACUUCCCCAAAUAUCUGUGAUUUUAGCGCUCUCCAUGUCGAUCUAAACUGGGGCAAGUGGAAUUGCAGUAUCGACCUCAAGUCGGAGGACGGCCGUGGGAAGCUGAGCUCACUGAUUCGUGAAGCCGACGUCGUGGUGCAAGGUUAUCGACCGGGUGUUCUGGAUAAAUAUGGAUUUGGCCAGCAAGGGAUCAUCGACCUGGUCAAGGACCGAGAGCGUGGCAUCAUCAGCGUGCGAGAAAACUGCUACGGCUGGAACGGACCGUGGUCUUAUCGCUCAGGAUGGCAGCAGAUCAGUGACGCCUGCAUUGGAAUUUCCGCCGGCUUUGGCAAAGCCAUGGGCCUCAAGGACGACGAAGCCGUGACGCCAGUAUUUCCCAACAGUGAUUAUAUGACGGGGGUGGCCGGCGUCACUGGCAUCCUCUGCGCGCUCAUGCGCCGAGCAGAGCAAGGCGGUAGUUAUAAAGUCGACCUGGCUUUGAACUACUACAAUCAGUGGCUCGCGGACUCGGUUGGCGAGUACCCGGAAGAAGUAUGGCAGGAUGUGUGGAGCAGAAAUGGAAAGCAAGUCUUCAGGUCUUACCAUAAUAUGGUUUAUACCAUCCCCAAAUAUGUCGAGAUGAUCCAGAAGAAUCCGAGUCUGUUUCAUCCCUCAUUCUUUGAGGAUAGAGAGAGCAAAGCCCUAGGUGUGACGGUCAGGACGAUCAAGCCGGUCAUCAAGUUCGAGCGUGACCAGGUCGAGCUUGGGUACCAUGUAGGGACGAGAGGGAAUGGGAAAGACGCGCCACGAUGGCCUGAGGAUUUGAUGACCGAGGUAGUUUGUUGA